AUGGCGAUCCGCUGUGCCAAGUGCAAAACAAACUGUGUGAUGAAGGAAUCAAAGGCCGAUGUAUUCGGAUAUCCAUGUGAAUGUUGCAGAAGAGUUUAUUGUAAAAACUGCGCCAAUAUUAGUGCUACAGAAAUAAGGGCACUAAUAAUGUCCUCAAGAGUAGUACUCUUCUUCUGCGAAGACUGCAAAAACUCCAUUAAGCAGGUACCAACACUAAAGGAUGAUAUACAGGAAAUCAAGAAGGACAUUGGGGAGUUGAAGGAUGCCAUAAAACCUGGAGGCACUACCUAUGCAGAUGUGGUUAAAACCUUUGAAAAAAAAAAACAUUCACUAAAGAAAGAGUUCAAAGAACUGGAAAAUAGGUUGAAGGAAAACGCUAGAAAGCAAAUACCAGAUUUGCCCUCAUUAGAUGCUAUCAAGGCGGACAUUAGAAACCUGGAAAGCGAAGUCAUUACCAAAGAAACUGCGAGAAACUCCAAUUUUGAACCAGCACAGGAAAGAGAGGCAAGGGCAAAAAGCGUCCUUGUCUUUAGUCUACCGGAAAUUCAAGAAUUCACUUAUAGAGAAGAUAGAAUGGAAAAAGAUGAAAACGGUGUAUAUAACGUUCUAAAAGAGAUAAAUCCAAGCAUCAACAUAGAUAAUCUCAAGAUAAUGAGAAUAGGAAAAUACGAAGUGCAGAAAGUGAGACCAGUUAAAGUUAUAUUUCCAAAUAAAGGAGAAGCAGCUAAAUGUACUUAA